GAAUAUAUCUCUGGCAGCUGUGGCAGCGGUCACCUCGUGCCCCCUCUCUCGGUUCGGUAUCCCACAGCCUCUCACGACCUCGUGGGCGCGUAGCGCGCGCGCACUGGCGAAAGUAAACAAUAGAACGUAGCCCCGUCCGGCAAAUGGGUAGAAGCGGCAACAACGCGCGCUCGUGCUCACGCUCGCGCGCCGCGUCGAUCCAUGUGACAGAGAAGGGACGUGACAAAAGGUGGCGGAGGGUGACGCCGCCACCGCCGCGAUCGGAGCGCGAGUGUUUGCCCGGGCGAGCCGGGUGUCGGGUGUGCUUUGCGUGUCGUUCCUUCGCGGUAUCCGCGUACGUGCUCGAGCGCCCGUACGCCUCCGAUGUCGCGCAACGUGCAGUAAAGGAGAACGCCGAUGUGCGACGCCCCGCGUUCGCGGUGAGGACGGACUAGAACCAAGACCGGGGAAGAGGCGAAACGGUUGUCCGUCCACGGCUCGGUAGUGUGUCGUAUCUGGUGUGCAAACGGGACGGGUGUAGGACGAGACAUAACGUGUUUCAAUUUCUUACAACGCGGCGGCUAGCAGCGUCGAAGGAGGAGGGGUGAGGGCAGGGAAGCGGGAAUCGAGUGUCUGCGACUUACUCCUGCCGAUUCAUUGCCGGCGUCCGGGAGCGACGACGACGACGACGACGGCGGCGGCGGCGGCGGCGGCGGCUGCGACUGUGGCGUCGGUGUUCGCUGCUGCCGCGACGCCGGUAAUUCGAUGCGGCGGAGUCAGAACGACCAUCCGGCGGGUAUUCGCGAGCACAGAGAUCCGGCGCAGCAGCAGCAGCAGCACCAGCAACAUCGCCGCCAUCAUCACCAACGCAUCCCUCCCCCCUCCGCGCUCACCACGACGGAGCAGCAAACUCGCCGCAGGAUGAGCUUGGAAACGUUACUGCAAGCGGCCUACUAUGUCGAACAACAGGAAGAGAAGAGGCGGGAGCGCCUGGCGAGCACUUCGUCCUCCUCCUCUUCUUGCGACCAGCACUCCUUUGCGCCUGCGCCGACCCACUCCAAUCACACUUACACCUCUGGCGAGCCACGUGUUUCUUUGCGCGACCUUCUUGCUCCGGAUAGACUCCCUUGGUGCGCCGACAGUGACGGCAUUAUCGGAUCUGUCGUGAAGUUUAGCGGAUUCGGCGACCGACGACAACGAUACCAAAUGCCCAGCGGCAGCGGCGAAGAAGCGAAUCUUGAACGGAAGUUUCUUUCCGCGUUGCUUAGGAAGAUGGGUGUUCUCCUGGUGCCAGACGGAAUUACGUCGCCGGUAAUGCAAUCGCGCGUGAAUCUGAACGUGCGCGACACCGUCGUCGACAUCGGCGUCGUGGCCGAGGCAAAUAACAACGUGAGCGACCUGACGGACGUGAAUAGCCUACCGCCGCCGGUGCCGACGCAUGUCGUUGGUAUAAUCGACAUCGUCAACGAUGACGAAUCGCCGCGACGUAAUAGAGAAUGGACGCCCCCGCCGAAGAAAAAAUGGAUACGGCACUACUUGCUCGAGGAAGAACCGUUGGAGAACAACAGGAUGAGUCUCUCGAUAGCUUCUAGAGGAACCUCCGUGGUCUCCAACUCGCGAUUCACGCCGUCGACGACAACCGGAUCUGUUCAACUGACUGCGCUCCAUUCCAUGUCUCACCACCAUCCACAUCAUCAUCAUCACUCCCAUCAUCAUUCGCAACAGCCACAGCAGCAGCAGCAGCAGCAGCAGCAGCAGCAGCAACAACAACAGCAACAGCAUCAGCAGCAGCAACAUCAGCAUCAUCACCAUCAUAAUGAUCAUCAUAACACACACAAUCAUUAUAUGGAGAAUCAUAAUCCAAAUCAAUCCCAACAAAAUACGGGCAAUCUCGUUGUUGAUGCCGAGGCAAGUCACGACAAUAAGAAACACCGAACUGGGUAUAGUAUACCCGGAUUAUUUUCUAUUUACAACAUUUACGUGAUUUUGCGACAUGAUAAUUCUGUUUUUAAUCAUAUAACAAAGUUUGACUUGAGGACACUAAGGAAAAAAGAACGAGAAUACGAACAUGAAAUGGAGAGACUUGCGAGAGAAAAAAUUGCAGCUCAACAAAGAUUGCAAACAUUGAAAAAAGAACUUAACGCAACUUGGGAUCCUAUUGACAUCAAUUCUCUUUUGCUGGAGCAAAACUCCGGAACGGAUGCCAUGACAACAAUAAAAACUGAAAAUACAGAAGUUGACAUUACUGGACUUCCGCGGGGUGGCACGAGGUAUAGCAGCACGAGCAGUCUGAAUAGUACGACGACAGCCAGUCCCCCGCAAAUAUUACAGUCCACUAGCACGACUUCCAAUAUUCAUAAUCAAGCCGCAACUGCGGGUGUUGUUUGUCAAACGCAAGAUCUAAAUCUUGCACGAAGUUCUAGGGAGAGUCCACCCGCCAAUUCGAUUGUUGGAACGGCAUCUGCACCCAGCAUUUCUACCCCAACGCAGGAGAAGGUUACUACAUCACCCACCGCCAGUAUAGUACAACAGCCGCAUCAGUUGCACCUGCCGAUCAGUGCCCAGAUGCUGAAUACGAGUCAAGGUCUCGCGACUAUCGUACCAGCCUUGCAGCACAUCGGGCCGAGUCUUAGAGUGAUUCCGGGUGAUACGCGACAGCUGUUAGUCGCCCACACUACCGGCAAUAAUGAAUCUAGACCUUUGACACUGGCGGUACAAAAUUCCUCGGAUCAAUCCAGAGCACCGUUGAUUGCUGUACAAUCAAACACUGGGAACGAGCCAAGGCCCGUGGCACUGGUCGUUCACUCGUCCACCGCCAACGACAAUAGAGUUACAUUUGUACACUCUAAUCUGUCUAACAAUGAUAGGCCAUUGGCUCUAGCUGUGCAAUCAUCUGCAAGUGAUGUUAGACCCGUCACUUUUGUGCAUUCUGGAAACGAGGGUCGAUCCUUGGUUCUUGCCACGCAUUCACCUGCGCUAAAUGUAUCGAAUGCUCAGACAAGAAUAAGAACAGGAGAUGCGCAGAAUACACAUAAGAUCAGUGGCGUAACGCUCGUCGGAGGUAAUGGCUCGGAAUUGGCAAGACUUCCUGGUGGAGCAGAACUGAAUAUACUUCCAGCAAAUGGAUUAACCUUAAGUCAUGGAGUCUCGCUUCAACCUGCCACGGGCAAACCAGCUCCGACAAUGAUGCAAAACUCUCCGUCCACAGAGGGUAUAGCUCACAUUGUCAGUCAACACGCGCCUCUUUCCGGUCUAACACCGAUCGUCACGCCAAUGACUGUUGUCUCUCAAGGUAACCAGGUGACUGCUCACAUUCUAGCACCAUCGAGCCUUGCAGGAAAAAUGAUCACCACUCCGAUUCUCAAGUCCGUGGGACAAAUGCCGCUUGUAAAUGCUCAGUAUCUUAACACUACAACUUUAGUGAAACCGGUCGUCGUAGUGAGCUCACCGUCGACGUCAACAGUAUCUUCAACAACAGCCGCAACGGCGGUUUCUAGUACACAACCUUCAUCCACUUCGAAUUCAACCGUCUGACAAAAUCAAGGAAAAGCGAAAUUAAUCUGAUCGCACUGGAAUAUCAUAAUAUGGAUUGCCGACGUUUUGAGUAAAUCUCUACAUUUACCUAAAAUAAAUCUAUCUUUUGUUAUCUAGGUAUUGUUGAGAUUGCUUAGAAGAUAUGUUAGUGAUGAACUAAUAAGAAUGAGCAAUUUAAAACUUGAAACAUUUUACGAGACAGUAAAUAUUAUGAAAAAAUUUAUGCGAAAAAGGAAUUUGGCUAUUAUGCUAUUUCUAACAUCUCAUCAAAGUGAUUUUGCAUUUUGAAAUAUCAUUUUAUUGUAUCCCGUAAGAACUGAUAUUCGACAUAUAAACUCUUUCGAAGAGUGAAUCGACUGAAAAAGUGUGAGAAAAAGUCCUUGCUCAACACAUGCGAUAUAUAUAUUGUACACGGUACCUUGAUUUUAUUAAGAAAGAUAGUUUAUGACGUAAAUUAAAUAUAAAGUUUAAACGGUUAAUUUAUGACAAUAGUCCCAAGUGUCAAAAAUGAGAAAGCUUUCAUAUAUUAAUAUGCUGACAAAUUAAUGUUUUUAAAACUUUUAAGGCUUCAGUUCCUUAUUUUGUAAUUUUUAACGUACGUAUGCGUUAAAAAUUUUUGCGCAGACAAAAUGUAUCACAAAAUAGCGUUAUCAUGUAUUGACGAUAACAAAAUUAUCGUUACAAGUUACAGAAUAAGGGAACUUGUCUCGUAUGCUUCUGUAUUUGGAUCAUUGUUUCGUCAUAUUCCCAAUCGAGAAUUCUUUCGUUAUGCUUAUACUUUGACAAAAUACUUUUUUUUUUAAGUGUUUUAUGUUACUUUGUGAGUCCUAAAUAUCUGUAAAAUCUAUGAAAUGACAAUCUUUGACUUGCAGUAGAACAAAUUUUACUUUUUGCAUAACUUUUAAAUUGCUUGACUGUAUUUUGUGAGAUAUAGAUUGAAAAAUUUCAUCGUACUUUAUUGCAACUGAAAAAAGUAUCACGAAGAAAAAAA